AUGGCACCCACCGACCUCACCCCCCGCUUCUCCACCAACGACGUAACAGUCGUCUUCUUCCUGGGCGGCCCCGGCAGCGGAAAAGGCACCCAAUCCGCCAACCUAGUCAAAGACUACUCCUUCGUCCACCUCUCAGCCGGCGACCUCCUCCGCGCCGAACAAGUCCGCGAAGGCUCCUCCCGCGGCAAAAUGAUCAAAGAAUACAUCACGGAAGGCAAAAUCGUCCCCAUGGAAGUAACCGUGAACCUGCUCUCCGACGCCAUGGCCGAGUCACUAGCGACCAACCCGCCUCCCGCAGGCACAAAAGCCCGCUUCCUGAUCGACGGCUUCCCGCGCAAACUCGACCAGGCGGAAUUCUUUGAAGCGAGCGUUUGUCCCUCGGAGCUGGUGCUCUUCCUCGAUUGUCCCGAGGACGUUAUGGAGAGUCGGUUGUUGAAGCGCGGGGAGACGAGUGGGCGUGAUGAUGAUAAUGCUGCUUCCAUUCGGAAGCGGUUCCGCACUUUCGUUGAGACGAGUAUGCCUGUUGUUGAGGCUUUCCGGGCGCAGGAUAAGGUUGUUACUGUUACGGCUACGGGGUCUGUUGAGGAGGUUUAUGAGAGUGUUAAGGCGGGGAUUGAGGAGCGGGGUUUGCACGCUCGCUCUUAA